AUGGCACAGAUUUCAGUAAAUUUCAACCAAAAUCUAGAUUUGAAAGCUCUAACAUAUUCAGAACUUUGUACACAACAAUUGCCUGUAGGAAACGGCUUCAUAUCAGAAUCAUUCCCUGGAAGUAUAGAUUUGUAUAAAGGAAAACCAGUAACAUUGGUAAUCAGAGAAGAUUUUCAAGAUUUUCUUUUACCACUAGAAGAAAAUCUUAUGACAGCGAAUUUUCCUAUAGUUGAAGCGCCAGAUUUCGAUAGUGAAAACGAAGUCCAGCAUGCUUUUCGCUGCAAUGUUCUAUCGCCCAUUAGGCAGAUCUUGAACAAAAGUUUUAAAAUAAAGGGUGAAAAGCCCAUAGUAGGUGGUGGAAAACCUGACUUCACUCUUCUUGAUUUGGAUGGAUUACCAUUUCUUGUUGUUGAAGCGAAACCUUGGAAUUCAUUUAUUAGUCGAAGCCGAAUUUACCUGGAACAACAGCAGAUAAGUUUUCAGGAUAUUGCUACGUGUGUUGAAACACCAGGAGGUUCCAUAGAUUCCCCAAGGAAAGAAACUGAAGAAGAUGGCCAGUUUCACUGGAAAUUGGGUAUGCGCCAGUUGAAAUAUUAUUUACAUGACAUGAGAGUCAAACAGGCUUUCGGUGUUUUAACAUCGUAUUGCCAUUCUUAUUUUGUCAUUUUACAGAGGAGAGAACAUGAUAAUUUAUUCAUAGUUUCCCCGGCAGUUAAAUUCUGUGAUCCUGAUCCCCUGAAAAAAAUAACUGAAUUCAUAAACAAAGCAUACCACUGUGAGAGAAUUAAUGUGCUGUCAGAGCUCUCUGUUCAAAUUUCUCCUAUCAAAACUAGAAGUGGUGUUGCAUAUGGAAAACAGGAAAGAAAUUCGCAAAAGAGAACUUGGAAUGAGGAAGAAAAGGAAGUGGAUACAAAAAAAAUGUCUAAAAACAAUGACAAUAAUCAACUGUGCUGUAAUCGUUUCAAUAUAACAGAUUUUAUAGCAGAAGGCAGGCAUGGAAGUGUUUUCAAAAUUUUAAACUUCCAGAAUCUCCCAUUUGUAGCCAAAUGCCUUCCGGAUAAGUGCAAUGAAGAUAUAAUCAGGGAAUUUAAAAAUGAAAUUUUCAUAUAUGAGAAACUUAAAAACCUGCAAGGUAUAGUUGUACCAAAAUUUCAUUUCAAUGGACGGAUAGACGGAUGGAGAGAUGCUAUAAUUAUAGAACAACUUCAAGCCGCUCCAAUAAGUAAAUUUGACUACCUAACUAAGAAAGAUAAACUGGCCAUUACUGUCUCUUUGAAGCAGAUACACAAUGAAGGAAUAAUCCACGGAGACAUUAGAAGAGAAAAUAUUAUGAUCAACCAAAGUAAAGCUUACUUCACUAGAAUUCUUGUAACACAUCGACUAAGUGUCUUGCCAGAGGUAGAUACAAUAGUAGUUCUUCAAAAUGGCAAAGUUUCUGAGAUAGGCUUAUACAGUGAACUUUUAGCAAAGAAAGGAGCUUUGCUCAUUCAUUAUUUACAAGAAAAUGCUGAAGAAGCUGUUGAGGAAAUGCCACUUGAUGAAUUGAAUUUAAUGCAAGAAAUAGCUGCUACUAUAGGAGCACCACCUGAAGUUACAAGACAACUGUCAAAACAAAAUGAUGGAACUGAUUCAGAUACAGCAAGCCCUGUAAAAUCUGAAAGAUCUCCUUCAAUAAUAGGAUCUGGAGAUGGUCUGCGUAAAAGAGCUAAAAGUGUGAAAGAUUCAUCAUCGGAGAGCCAAUGUAUAAAAUAUGCAGCUAAAAAAGAAGUUAAAGCAUCUGUGUAUGUUGAGUACAUGAAAUCUUAUGGUUACUGGAACACAUUCUGGACAAUUUUGAGUUACCCUUUGUCUACAGCAUUCAGUCUUGGAUCUAGUUUAUGGCUUUCUGCAUGGAGAAAAGAUGCUAAUGACCCUGUGAAAAGUGUCGAUACAAAAUUACAGAAUUUACAUUUAGGUGUUUAUGGUGGACUGGGGGGUGGUGAAAUGACUGCCCUUCUCAUGAACCUUGCUUGUCUUCGAGCCUCAACAAUUCUUCACAAUGACAUUCUGAAUCACAUAAUGCAUGCAUCGAUGUCAUUUUUUGACACAACUCCUUUGGGAAGACUGUUAAACAGGUUCUCUAAAGAUAUUGAUACAGCUGAUGUCACUAUUCGAUUCAACAUAAGAAUGCUACUUAUUAUGUCAUCCAGAACUUUAGGUGCGGUCAUCAUAAUUUGUUUGGAAACACCAAUAUUUAUUGUGGCUGCAAUUCCUCUUGGUAUUUUAUAUUAUUUCCUGCAGAAAUUCUACAUACCAACUUCUCGGCAGCUGAAGAGAUAAGAGUCGACCACUUGUGCUCCUGUUUAUUCCCAUUUUUCAGAGACUGUUACAGGUGCCACUUGUAUUAGAGCUUUUAGAGCAGAUCAGCAGUGUAUGACCCAUUCAAACAACCUUGUAGAUAUCAAUAAUGAAUCUUAUUAUCCAAGUCUUGGAGCUAGCAGGUGGUUGGCUAUUCAUUUAGAGUUUUUUGGAUAUACAGUUGUUUUCUUAGCUGCUCUUUUUGCUAUUUUGACAAGAGAUACUUUGAGUCCAGGUAUUGCUGGGUUAUCAGUCAGUUAUGUUCUACAGUUGACUGGCCAAUUAAACAUGAUUGUUAGGGCCACAGCUGAUGUAGAGACCAACAUUGUAUCUGUUGAGGGUUGUAUCAUUGUAUCAUUGCUAAUUUGGCAAAUGAAAAAAAAUAAACCUGAUCCAUCAUGGCCUUCAGAUGGAAAUAUUAAGUUAGAACAGUAUGCCACGAGAUACAGAGAAGGAUUGGAAAUAGUUUUAAAAGGAAUUUCAUGCAAUAUUAAUCCAUCUGAAAGGUGUGGCAUUGUAGGCCGUACAGGUGCAGGAAAAUCAUCUUUGACUCUAGCUUUGUUUCGCAUUGUUUAGGCUGCUGGUGGAAAAAUCCUUAUUGAUGGAGUAGAAAUUUCAAAACUUGGCCUCCAUGACUUGCGUUCUAAGCUGACAAUCAUUCCUCAGUUAGUGUGCUUGGCCAGAUCAUUGCUACGUAAAAGCAGAGUUCUUGUUCUUGAUGAAGCAACUGCUGCUGUUGAUGUUGAAACAGAUGAGCUCAUACAAUUGAAUGUUGGUCAAAGGCAGUUAGUGUGCUUGGCCAGAGCAUUGCUACGUAAAAGCAGAGUUCUUGUUCUUGAUGAAGCUACUGCAGCUGUUGAUGUUGAAACAGAUGAGCUCAUACAAUCUACUCUCCGUACAAAAUUUACUGACUGCACAGUUUUAACUAUUGCACAUAGACUAAACACAAUCAUGGAUUAUGACAAGGUUAUUGUAUUAAGUAAAGGAGAAAUUGUAGAAAUGGAUUCACCAGAAAACCUUCUUAAAAAUGAGAAUUCUAUAUUCUAUGGAAUGGCAAAAGAUGCUGGACUUGUUUAAUUGAAGAAAAAAUACUUUCUUUAUGUACAUUGUGAUACUUUUAUAUUUAAAUAAAUUUUACAUCUAAACAGGCGAUAAGUCACCUAAGAUGCCUGUAAUGCUGCUAUACAGUA